AUGGCCUCCUCAGAUAGAACCAUCGUCCUCAUCACAGGCGGCAACAGCGGCAUCGGUUUCGAGACUGUCGCUGCUUUGCUAAAAGCGUCGGCCAACUACCAUGUCAUCAUGGCUGCCCGCUCAAUCGAGAAGGCGCAAAAGGCCGUCGACGAGAUAAAGUCGCUUCACGGAGACGCUCUCAAGGGCGAGGUGUCUCUUGUCCGCAUAGAUGUCACUGACAUCGAGUCCGUCCGUGCUGCCCGGCAGGAUGUUAAGUCCAGGUUCGGCCGAGUCGACGUCCUCAUCAACAACGCCGGUAUCAUCGUCACCAGGGAGUGCGACACCCUCACGAACCUGCGCGAGACCUUUGAGACCAACGCCUUCGGCCCCGCCAUUGUCACCGAGAUCUUUGAGCCGCUGCUCAAAAAGUCGUCUCGCCCCAAGAUCAUCUACGUCUCGUCCGGCCAAGGCUCGAUGACGCUGAAGCUGGACCCUGCCAACCCUCACCGCCUGUUACGCGGCGACUUCUACCGCAUGAGCAAGUCGGCGCUUAACAUGCUCGCGACGAGCCACCGCGUCCAUUUUGCCGAGUGGGGAUGCAGGGUCACUGCGUUUGACCCCGGCUUUUGUGUCUCCAAUCUGACGGGACCGGAAGGCCGCAAGAUGCGCAUCAAGAAUGGCGCCAGGGACCCCGCGGAACCGGCGAGGGAACUCGUACGUAUCAUAGAGGGCAAGAGGGACGCGGACUGGGACAAGUGUGGCAUGAUGGACGUCGAUGGCGGCAUUUCUCCGUGGUAG